AUGGUGCAUGUAGGCGCCGCCCGGUGUGCAAAACGAACGAGCCGCUUGUGGAGUUCGCUACUCGUGGCCAGUGUUCUGGCCAUUUACUUUGGAUCUGGAAGACUUCGCGCCUUCGUUGGAGGGCCCAACCUUAGUCGUGUUCAACGGCACGCUCGCGUUUCUAUGCCCGCGCUAGCAUCACCUGAAGCAUCAGCGGAGGCUUCCGAGUUCGAUCGGGCCCUGCUCCUGGAGCUGAGAGCUCUGAAGGAGCUGGACCCAGAUGCCAUGUCCUUGCGGCAGCGCAUCAUGGAGCUCCGGAACGAGGAGCGCCAGAGUAAGCUAGCCGAAGACCUUCUGAAGAAGGUUCGGAGCGAGAUAGAAGAGAUGGAGGUGCCAAUUCUUAGCCCACUGCGACGGGAGAGUCAAGCGCAUGGAGGUGAUCAGGAUCUCACUGGGGCACAGCUCAAGCGGCUUGCCAUGCAGCUCUACACCAAGGAUGCGAUGCCUCUGGUUCAAGAGCACGUGCUUGGCAUCAUCGGGCCGUGGGACCAUCUUGUUCGGGACUACGCGCUUCAGCUCUCCGUCUUCCAGGUCAGCCAGGUCUACUCCAUGUCAGCGAUUUUCGGCUAUGCCUUGCGACAAGCUGAGCUGCGCUAUGGCUUGGAGAAAGCCACCGGAGAUGCGAAGGCGGCAACCUUGAGCGACUACGUGUCCAGCCUGGAUUCGCAGGAGGCACUUCUACUGUCUGCCGGCAUGUCGCUGGAAGCCCAGCAGGCCGUGAAGCAGCAGGUGACCGGACUCUGCGGUGACUCACAGGAGGAGCUCUGGCGAGGGCUUAUUGAUGCAGUGGGCCCUGCACUCGAUUCAGACGAGGAGCUCGGGAGACUGAGGCAGGCCAUUGCCAACGGCGAGGUCGAGUCUGUGCCAAUCAGCAUUGCGUUGCUGCGUCGCAUAGCCCUGGAGGGUGUGGCCUUUGGCUUCCUGCUGUCGAGGGCAGAGGCCGAUUCUUCACAGGAUUUGACGUUCACGAAGAGCGAGACCCCACGACUGCUGGGAGCUUUCAAAAGCACAUGGGGAUUUUUAGGACGAGCGGGUGGCAAGCGCUUCUCGGACCUCUGA